AGCAGACACAGCGGACCAGGAGUCCUGAACUCAGCUGAGAGAAGCCAUCACCAAGAAGUUCAGCUGAUGAGGCCAAGCUAACGGCUCUUUGCUCCAAACACAUCGCUGAAGACAUCCUCUCAUCUUUCUCUCAAAGUCCAUCGACUUGCUGUUUCUUCAGACUUCACCAUGCCUCCUCAGAUCCAGUCACAGAACCAGAACGGUCUCAGGAUCCUGCAGGGCGAGCUCAGUGCCCUCAGCCCGGCAGUCAGGGAAUUUGUGGAGGCCAACGUGUCCCUGUGUCAGCCCGAGUCUCUCCACAUCUGUGACGGCUCAGAUCAGGAAAACCGAGCCAUCCUAACACAGCUGGAGGAACAAGGGAUGAUCAAGAAGCUGACCAAAUAUGAGAACUGCUGGUUGGCCAGAACGGACCCACGAGAUGUGGCCAGGGUCGAGAGCAAGACGGUAAUUGUAACCCAGGAGCGACGGGAAACGGUUCCCACGCCACUGCGAGGUGAAACCAGCCAACUGGGGCGGUGGAUGUGCCAAGAGGAGUUUGACAAAGCCAUGGCUCAGCGGUUCCCCGGCUGCAUGAAAGGCCGCACCAUGUAUGUGAUUCCCUUCAGCAUGGGCCCAGUAGGUUCUCCCCUCUCCAAGAUUGGCAUCGAGCUGACUGAUUCCCCCUACGUAGUGGCCAGCAUGAGAGUCAUGACCCGUAUGGGGAAGGCUGUGCUCGCCGCACUGGGGAACGGAGAAUUCGUCCGCUGUUUGCACUCCGUUGGCUGCCCUCUACCACUUAAAAAGCCCCUGGUGAACAACUGGCCCUGCAACCCUGAUCAGACCCUCAUCGCUCAUAUCCCAGACCGUAGACAAAUUAUUUCAUUCGGCAGUGGUUACGGUGGAAACUCCCUCCUGGGAAAGAAGUGCUUUGCUCUGCGCAUUGCCUCACGCAUCGCCAAGGAAGAGGGCUGGCUUGCUGAGCAUAUGCUGAUCCUAGGCAUCACCAGCCCUGCAGGAGAAAAGAAGUACAUGGCAGCAGCCUUCCCCAGUGCCUGUGGUAAAACCAACCUGGCCAUGCUCUGUCCGACGUUGCCUGGCUGGAAGGUUGAGUGUGUGGGAGACGACAUCGCCUGGAUGAAGUUUGACAAUCAGGGCAACCUGCGUGCAAUCAACCCUGAGAAUGGCUUUUUUGGCGUUGCGCCUGGUACGUCAGCUAAAACCAACCCCAACGCCAUGGCAACCAUUGUUAAGAACACCAUUUUCACAAACGUGGCGGAAACCAGUGAUGGCGGAAUAUACUGGGAGGGAAUGGACCAGGAACUGCCUGAGGGCGUUACUCUCACAUCGUGGAAGAACAAGUCCUGGAGUUCAGAGGACGGGGAACCCUGCGCCCACCCCAACUCUCGUUUUUGCACACCAGCAAGCCAGUGUCCUAUCAUCGACCCACAGUGGGAAUCACCAGAAGGAGUCCCCAUUGAGGCCAUCAUUUUUGGAGGCAGGAGGCCAGAAGGUGUUCCUCUGGUGUAUGAAGCCUUCAGCUGGCAACAUGGAGUAUUUGUUGGAGCAGCAAUGCGGUCAGAAGCCACUGCAGCAGCUGAACACAAAGGCAAGGUAAUCAUGCAUGACCCCUUUGCCAUGCGCCCCUUCUUUGGCUACAACUUCGGCCAGUACCUCUCUCACUGGCUGAGCAUGGCUGACCGUCCUGGUGCCAAGCUGCCAAAGAUCUUCCACGUCAACUGGUUCCGAAAGAGCCCCAAGUCCGGCUUCCUCUGGCCGGGUUUUGGAGACAACAUCCGCGUUUUGGACUGGAUGUUCCGACGAGUCAACGGCAAUACCGGCGCCAUGCCUUCUGCGGUCGGCUACCUGCCCUGCAACGAUUCCCUGAACCUCCAGGGCCUAGAGGGGAAGGUGGACCUCAACGAGCUUUUCUGCUUGGAACACGAGUUCUGGCAGAAGGAAGUGGAUGAAGUGAGGAAAUAUUUCACGACGCAAGUAAACGACGACCUACCCAAUGAGAUGGCCCGGCAGCUGGAGCUGUUGCAGCAGAGAGUGAAGCAGAUGUAAGAGGAAGAAAGAGCAGUUUAGGGAUUUUAAGUGAACAUCACAGGGCUUUUUUGACUUCAGCAUGUCAUGUAGUUCACCUGUAAGUCCAAAUUACUGAGUUAGCGAUCAUAAAAUGACGUGAAAAUGAACAAGCUAGCUAAAAGUUAAGGACCAAAAUAGAGAAUGUUUAAAAUAUUUCUUUUUUGACUUCAAUCUCAGCCUUUACGAGCAACUCUUCUUUUAAUAUUGUCCAAGUUAAUUUAAACUUUGGGACCUUUUGGGAUGGGUACUUUCAUCCAGCAGUAUUUAUUUUCCAUCCAUAGGCUGUUGUAGCAGGACUUUGUAUUUAAACCCAACUGUAAUAUUUUGUCUUAAUCUUUGUAUGUCUAUUUAAAGGUAACUUAUUUCAAACAUACAUCAUAGUUUAAUUGCCAUAUAACUGAAUAUGGCAUUGUUUAUGGCUCAAUUCCCUGUUUGAAGGGAUAAUUUUCUGUUCAUAUGGUUUGCUGUAGUCUUGUUUUUUUAUACAUCAUUGGUGACUUCUUGUUCUGUUUAUUGUAAUCUGGAUCUCUUAAAGAAGAGGAUGGCAAUAAAAGUGUUUAAAACUA